AUCUGGAAGGGAGACACUGGAAAUUCUCUUUUCAUGUCUCAUUCGCGGACACACGGGCAAAAAUGUUUUCGGCAACAAUCGUUAGCAUAUUUUGACGUUUCUCUCAUUCGUAUAGCCGUGAUUUGUUUGAAUUUUAUAUUGUGAAGAAAUAUAUUAGUUUAUUGCGAUUAAAUAUGGAUUACGAAGAAAAAUGUGAACUGAUUAAAAGCAUAUGGCAAUGCAUUGGUGAGGCUGGGGAAUUAGAGUCUGACGACAGCGAUAAAGAAGAAAUACUUUUAGGAUUAGCAAAUUUGGGCGAAAAAGUUUCAUUGUUGCCUAUCAAGAGGUCCAAGCGGCAAUGGAUAAAAGAAUGGCGAAAAAACAGAUGCGAUCACGGCUCGUUCGCUUUUUUAAACAAAGAGUUGCUGGUGCACGAUGAGCAGAGCUACAAGAAUUAUCUACGGAUGUCAAAUGGACAAUUUCAUUACUUGCUAUCGCUAAUUGCAGAUGAUAUUCAACGUUCUGAUACUUCAAUGAGAAACGCGAUUCCCGCAGCAGAAAAAUUGGCAAUGACGCUGCGGUUUCUCAGCACUGGCGAGUCUUACGCCAGUUUGGAUUACCAGACGCGAAUAUCCAAAUCCUCAAUUUGCAAGAUAGUUCCCGAGUUUCCGAGCAGCAAAUCCGAUGGGAGGCUAUAGCAACAGAAUUCGCGGUUAAGUGGCAAUUCCCCAAUUGCAUUGGCGCAUUA